UCGCUUGUUUCUCCAGCAGCCAAAGCCAUAAUAAAGAUAUCAGUUGCUAGCCCGGAGCCCCGAAAUCGAAACACUCCGAUUUAUCCCUGAAGUAGAACAAACAAUAUGUCAGGAGUAACCAAUCAAGAAGAAGACAGGAAGCCCGCUGAUCAAACGGCUCACAUUAAUCUCAAAGUCAAAGGCCAGGAUGGGAAUGAAGUGUUUUUUAGGAUUAAAAGAUCCACACAACUGAAGAAGCUUAUGAAUGCGUAUUGUGAUCGACAAUCAGUGGAUUUCAACUCGAUUGCUUUUCUGUUUGAUGGUCGCCGUCUGCGAGGGGAGCAGACUCCAGAUGAGUUGGAAAUGGAGGAUGGGGAUGAGAUCGAUGCAAUGCUACAUCAAACCGGUGGUGCUAUGGCCUAAGUAGCAUUUUUUUAUGUUAUGUAGUAGGAUUUAAGUGGUAGUACUUGUGAAUUAGGAUCUAUUAAAUAUUGCAUGGAUUCACUCAUGGGUUAGGGGUAUGAUUCUCGAGUAAUCGUAGUAUAGAACAAUGUGGUGUUUGUUAGUUGCAUGGGGACUCUGUGGGUUUUUUAUGUAGUUUAUAAAUAUGGGUAUUUGUGGAAAGUUUUCUAUUUGUG